AUGGCGGUUCGUAUCGAGUCUGCCCAGUUCCCAGCCGACACCAAGGCCAUCCAUUCGCUGUUUUCCGGUUACGCAGCUUCGCUCGGGAUCGACCUCACUUUCCAGUCGUUUCAAGAGGAGCUCGAUUCAUUACCGGGGAAAUACAGCGAAGCACAAGGCGGGGCUCUGUUAAUAGCGCGUGCAUCUGCACGCUCGGGCGAAAAGCCCGACCUCCCACCCGCAGCCCAAGUUGCCCUGGGGUGUGUCGCCCUCCGGCGCAGUUCAGAUGACUGGUGCGAAAUGAAACGCCUGUAUGUUCUCCCGGAGGCAAGAGGACUGCACCUUGGCGACCAACUCGUGGCCGCAGUCCUCGAAAAAGCAAAGUCUCUAGGGUAUCGGGGCAUCAGACUGGAUACUCUCUCAACCAUGACCACCGCACGACGGCUUUAUGCCCGGCAUGGCUUUUCCGAGAUUGAGCCGUAUUACGAGACUCCCCUUGAGAAUACCAUCUUCUUGGGAUGCGAAUUUGGUCAGCCAUGA